ACGCGUAGCGCUGACGUCCUGCCGUCAGGUCCACCCAUAGAGCCUCUGGGAUUUGUGUUUUUUUGUUUUUUGUUUUUUUUGCCGUUAGCUGGGGCUCCUUGAAUUCUGGUGGUACAGAAGGCCGGCAACGACGAGUUCUAAAGGAGGGAUCCCGCGAAUCCUUGCCUCCCCAAUGCAAGGGGAUGGCCCAUUUCUCCGCCGACGACGAAGCGAUGCUGCAGGCAAUGCUGAGGCAGCUGUUCCAGAGCGUGAAGGAGAAAAUUACGGGUGCGCCGUCCCUGGAGUGCGCCGAGGAGAUCCUCUUACAUCUGGAAGAAACUGAUGAGAACUUUCACAACUAUGAAUUUGUGAAAUACCUCAGACAACAUAUAUGCAACACUUUGGGGUCUAUGAUUGAAGAAGAAAUGGAAAAAUGGACAUCUGAUCAGAAUUGGGGUGAGGAAUUUGGCUAUGACACAGUUGUACAGCAUGUUACUAAAAGAACUCAGGAAUCUAAAGAAUACAAAGAGAUGAUGCAUUCCUUGAAGAACAUCAUGAUGAUAGUGGUGGAAUCUAUGAUUAACAAAUUUGAAGAAGAUGGGCUACGAAGUCAAGAGAGGCAGAAAAAAAUCCAAAAGGAGAAAAGCAAUAGUUACUGCACAGACAAUUGCUCUGAUAGUGAUUCGUCAUUCAGUCAGAGUUACAAAUUUUGUCAAGGAAAAUUACAGUUGAUUUUAGACCAGUUGGAUCCUGGACAACCUAAAGAGGUGAAAUAUGAAGCCUUGCAAACAUUAUGUUCAGCUCCACCCUCUGAUGUACUAAACUGUGAAAAUUGGACCACUCUCUGUGAGAAACUGACAGUGUCUCUUUCAGAUCCUGAUCCUGUGUUUACUGACCGGAUUUUAAAAUUCUAUGCGCAAACGUUUACACUUUCGCCGUUACAUACGACCAAAGAAAUUUAUACGAGCUUAGCUAAAUAUUUGGAGUUAUACUUUCUUUCUAGAGAAAAUCAUAUUCCUACUCUUUCAACUGGCAUAGAUAUAACUAAUCCUAAUGUGAGCCGCUUACUUAAAAAGGUUCGCCUCCUAAAUGAGUAUCAGAAAGAGGCUCCAUGUUUCUGGAUUCGACACCCAGAAAAGUACAUGGAAGAAAUUGUGGAAAGUACUUUGUCUUUAUUAUCAGUUAAACAUGAUCAGAGCCAUCUUGUCUCACAAAAGAUUUUGGAUCCGAUAUACUUUCUUGCAUUGGUUGAUACCAAGGCUGUGUGGUUCAAAAAGUGGAUGCACGCAUAUUAUAGCAGAACUGCAGUACUAAGACUUCUUGAAAAGAAAUAUAAACCUCUGAUAACUACAGCAGUUCAGCAGUGUGUUCAGUACUUUGAGUUGUGUGAAACCAUGAAAGCUGAUGAGGCUUUGGGACGUUCAAAGCCUUAUGGGAACAAGCAGAAAACUUUCUACUACUCAGGACAAGAAUUACAGUAUAUUUAUUUCAUUCACUCACUGUGCCUUUUAGGAAGAUUAUUGAUCUAUACACAAGGCAGGAAGUUAUUUCCUAUAAAGCUGAAGAAUAGGAAAGAUUUGGUAACCCUUACGGAUCUGCUGGUUCUGUUUACCCAGCUUAUCUAUUACUCACCGAGUUGUCCAAAGAUGACAUCAUCUGUACAUUUAGAGAAUUAUUCUCCUGCAAGUAUGGUAACUGAAGUUCUGCGUAUACUCUGUGAUCAAAAAGAAUGUGCAAUUGAAUGCUUAUAUAACAACACUGUGAUUGAGGCGCUUCUUCAGCCUAUCCAUAACUUAAUGAAAGGAACUAAGGCUGUUCCAUAUUGCUCUGAAACAGCUUUAAUUCAUAUAGCUGAUAUCUUGGCAAGAAUUGCAUCUGUGGAAGAAGGACUUAUCUUACUACUUUAUGGAGAAAAUAUGAACUCUUCUGAAGGAAAAAGUCUUACAGGUGCUGAUGUAAUUGCCCAGUUUUCGAAAAAACUUCUUGAUGAAGAUAUUUCUAUUUUCUCUGGAUCGGAAAUGUUUCCUGUGGUUAAAGGAGCUUUUACUUCUGUUUGUCGUCAAAUAUAUGGUACAUGUGAAGGCUUGCAGGUGUUAGUUCCGUAUAGUUUGCAUGAAUCUAUAGUGAAGGCAUGGAAGAAGACAAGUUUGCUAUCAGAAAGAAUUCCUACUCCAGUAGAGGGUUCUGAUUCUAUUUCUUCAGUAAGCCAGGAAUCCCAAAACAUUAUGGCUUGGGAAGAGAAUUUGUUAGAUGAUUUACUGAAUUUUGCUGCCACUCCCAAAGGACUACUACUUCUUCAAAGAACAGGUGCCCUCAAUGAAUGUGUGACAUUUAUGUUCAGCCAAUAUGCAAAAAAAUUACAGAUCAGCAGGCAUAGAAAGUUUGGCUAUGAAGUUUUGGUUACACAAGUGGCAUCAACAGCAGCAGGUGCAGUAGCACUACAAAGUUCAGGGUUCAUUAAUGCACUUAUUACUGAAUUAUGGGCCAAUCUGGAAUGUGGAAGAGAUGAUGUUAGAGUAACCCAUCCCAGAUCUACUCCAGUGGACCCUAUUGACCGAAGCUGUCAAAAGUCUUUUCUAGCACUGGUGAACUUGUUAUCUUAUCCCGCUGUUUAUGAGCUGGCAGGCAAUCAAGGUCUUCCUAAUAAAGCAGAGUACUCUCUUCGUGAAGUCCCAACAUGCAUUGUUGAUAUUAUUGACAGACUUAUAAUUUUGAAUUCUGAAGCUAAGAUUCGUUCUUUAUUCAACUAUGAACAGUCACACAUAUUUGGUUUAAGAUUAUUAAGUGUGAUAUGCUGUGAUCUAGACACCCUUCUCCUACUAGAGGCUCAGUAUCAAGUGUCUGAAAUGUUACUAAAUGCUCAAGAAGAAAAUACCUUAGUGACCUCUGAGAGCCACAGAGAUUUUAUAAUUGACAGCUUAUCAGUAGAGAGAAAUCAUGUUCUUGUUAGGAUAAAUCUUAUUGGUGGGCCGAUGGAACGAAUUUUGCCUCCAAGGAUACUAGACAAGGGAGAUGAUCUAUAUCCUUGGCCGAUGUUUUCAUCAUAUCCUUUACCAAACUGCUAUCUGUCAGACUGUGUUACAAGAAAUACUGAUCUAAAACAAGACAAUAUUGUUGGCAAACUUUUGUUACACUUCAAAAUGUGUGAUAAACAAACUGAGUGGAUAGAAAACUGUCGGAGACAAUUUUGCAAAAUGAUGAAGGCCAAACCUGGUAUAAUCAGUGGAGAAGCUUUAGUAGAAUUACUUGGAAAAUUUGUGCUUCAUCUCUCUGAAAGCCCAUCUGAAUGCUACUUCCCCUCAGUGGAAUAUACAGCUAUUGAUGCAAAUGUGAAGAAUGAAAGUCUUUCAUCUGUGCAGCAGCUUGGCAUUAAAAUGACCGUCAGGUAUGGCAAGUUCCUCAGCCUGUUAAAAGAUGGUGCAGAAAAUGAUCUUACCUUGGUUUUAAAGCAUUGUGGGAGAUUCCUGAAACAGCAGCAAGCUUCUGUAAAAUCUUCUCUUCUCUGCCUGCAGGGGAGUUACACUGGCCAUGACUGGUUUGUAUCUUCUUUGUUCAUGAUAAUGCUGGGGGAUAAAGAGAGAACGUUGCGAUUUCUUCAGCAGUUCUCCAGGCUUCUGACUUCUGCUUUCCUUUGGUUGCCAAGACUACAUAUUUCUAGGUACCUACCUACUGACACUAUAGCAUCUGGCAUUCAUCCAGUGUAUUUCUGCAGCACUCACUACAUUGAAAUGCUACUGAAAGCAGAGGUGCCACUUGUGUUUUCAGCUUUUCACAUGUCUGGUUUUGCACCAUCACAGAUUUGCCUGCAAUGGAUAACUCAGUGUUUCUGGAAUUAUUUGGAUUGGGUAGAAAUCUGCCAUUAUAUUGUUACUUGUGUUUUCCUUGGUCCUGAUUAUCAAGUGUACAUCUGUAUAGCUAUAUUCAAACAUCUACAGCAAGACAUUCUGCAGCACACUCAGACUCAAGAUCUGCAGGUGUUCCUAAAAGAAGAACCACUGCAUGGGUUUCGAGUGAGUGAUUACUUUGAAUACAUGGAAAUUUUGGAACAAAACUACAGACCAGUGCUGCUGAGAGACAUGCGAAACAUUAGAGUGCAAAGCACAUAGAUCAUGGAACACACAAUUUAAUUUUAUGUUUUAUUUAUUUUUAAAGAAAACAAAUGGACUUGACUGUUUUCUGUGUCCGUAACAACAUACGCUUUGUGAAUAUACAAUAUUGUAAAUUGUAAAUCAUUCCUGAGAGUUUUGAAUAUAAUAAUGUAUUCAAGUAUGUAUCAGCUCAAUAUGUGAUAUGAAGUGAAUUCAUUUUUGUAAGUUUGUUGUUUUAUAAGGUUGUUUAGGAAUAAGAUCUGUCUUAUAGUUCUUUGUGUUUAAGAGUUAGUCUUAACAUUUCUUCCUUCCCUAGAUGAGUAAGACAUUUUUUUCAAUGAGUUUGGAAAGUAGCAGCAAUAUUGUAAAAGUAAUUGUUUGACCAGCUAGAGGGAGUCCAUGUAAACAAGGAAGAUAAUUGUCUUCCUCAUUUUUUAUGUCUUCACAUAUAAAAGAAAAUAGACAAAGCCACACUGCUUAUUUUACAUAUGGAGGAACAAAUGAUAUUUAUCAUAGCAAGUAGUAUGAAAAUUAUUGUCCUCAGACAUAAUUGUUUUUCUAGGAAUUGCUUUUGAUACCUAUUUCAAUUUAUAAUUUUUCAAUGUGAAAUGUAGUCUCCACAUGGUUCAUUUAAAAAUAGAUUGGUUAUUUCAUACUGAUAAGCAUUUGACUCUCAUUUGUUACGCAUAUUCCUUAGUGAUAGGUUUAAUUUGUCCUGAACUUGAAGACGUUAAGGAGAAUAGAUUUGCAAAUUAGUUAAAUGACUAACAAUGUUUUAUUCUAUUUAAAUACAAGGCUCAGCCAAAUGAUAUUAAUACAAUAUGCUAGGGUCUAUUUCCUUAUAACUGUCACAUUUAAUAUAUGAAUGAUAAGACACAAAAUAUUAAUUUCAAUUAAUUUAAAAACAAGUUUUAAAAAUUAUAGGUAGAGAUUGUUUUAUACUCAUUACUUAUGUUUAAAUAUAAGUCAACCACUAAAAUCAUUCUGAAGCUUUUUUUCUUUUCAACCAAAAAUGGCUUAUCCACAAAUUCAUUUCUCCUUUAGUAUGAUGAAACAACUGAUAUCAUACAGUUUUUAGUUUCGUGAUAUUUAGGCAACUGCAAAAUCAACCUUCCAAAAUCAGGUUUUAUGCUGUAAAUGUCAACAAUAGCUUCUCAUAAUGGUGUUCCUAAAGGGCACUGAAAAAGUUGAGAAAAGGAAAUUGAGCAGGUUAAUUUGACAUAUUGCUCACUUUAGCUCUGGCUGAUAUGAGUUAGGUAACAGAGCCCUAGGUUACUCAAAACAUCAAGUUUUGUCUACUUUCAAACUUAAUUUUGAAAAGCUGUUCCACAGAACCUGUAAUACAUGUUUAUGGUUCCAUUUCUUCCCAUUCUGUUUCUGAGUUAUUGUUAUUGGUCCUGAGAAAGUUGCAGCUUUAUUUCUUUUUAAAAGCUCUUACAUGGUAAUUGGAAAUACAAAUAGAGAAGAGCUAUAACUUAAUUUUAUAAUAUCCAUUGGUGAUUUUGAUUGGAAACUGAAGUAAGACCUAGAUAUUACAUUUUGGAAAAGUGACUUCAGCUGGAACAAGAAAGCUUUCAUUUUCUACUUGACAAAUCUGAACAAUGACCUAGUAAUUUGGUGAAAUAAAAUGUAAAAUAUGGUAGUUUUUGUAAUUGCCAUUGUGAAUUAUUUUUUUCCUAUUUUUGAUUUAAGAAUAUUCUUUAGAGUAGAAAUAAAUACAGCCCUGUCUUGCCUCA